AUGGACGAGAAGAACCCUCUCAAGAUGAAGGUGGCGGAUCUGAAAGCGGAGCUCGGACGUCGAGGUCUAAGCCAGACAGGGCUCAAAUUUGACCUGGCACAGCGCCUCCAGACCGCAAUGGAUGUCGAUGAGUUUGGCACCUUGCCAUCACUGCUAAGCACUCCCCAACCAUGGUCGUCAUUGCCGUCGGAGGAGCCCAAGCCAAGCGAGCAAGUGGAUCUUAUUGGCGGGCCAGCCAUAACAUCGAACGCCGUGCUUAGCGAGGGAACUCCGCCAACAGCCGCGGAGGGGAGUUCUGGCUUUGAAGAUCCGCUGAUUAACGAGGGCAAAGAGGGCGACGGAAACGAAGCCAUUGUUGACGAGCCUGACCGUAACACGAAAGGCUCCGUUCUCACUGGUCAAGUUCGCCUAGAGGUUGGUAGUGAAUGCGAUAUCGACAAUGGCAAGGGCGAUACGAGCAACAUCACAGAAGAAAACAACGACACCGAACAAAGCUCAUCGGUUGUCAUCGGCAUAUUAUCACCUUUGGUUUCUUCGGACCAAAAGGAAGACGUGAGCACAGGCAAGGAUUGCGAAGCGGUGGCGGCAGACGAAAGGCCACUGCCAAUUUGUGAAUCACCUACCGAGACGCCAGGUGCACCGAGUAACCCAUGCGAAGAAAAAAAAAUGAUUGCCGGAGAAGAGGACAAACACAAGGGACUAGGAGCAGAAGAAAAACCAACCGCACAAGAUGCGACGGCAUCUGAUGAGUUGAAGGACCACAGCAGCCUAACGACGACGGCAGAGGAGAAAGAUUGUGACAAAACAGCAAUGGAAGCUAUGCCACAAGAUGCACCCGAAGGCGAUGAAAACCAUGAUGGGUCUUCGGCGUCACUAGAGGGUGUGAUGUCGCCGAGCUCCCUGCUAUCCUGCAGCCAAAGUGUACGGAUGAAGGACCGAGAAGAACGUUUCCGCCAAGAGAAGACACUCGAGGGCGGCGAAAGAACGGAGGGUACGGUUGGGAACAGCAAACGAGGUCACGAUUUCGGUUGUGCCGGGGCUGGGGGUGGUGGUGAACACAACAAUGUUUCCAAAGACCACGACGUUGACAGCAAGUACACUGUCGGGGCAGCAAGAGACGGGCCAACUUUGGGCUCUGGGAGCGACGUUUCCUCUAAGACUUGGACGGUUGAGGACGAUUGCAGAGCCAAGCUGAUGAAGCGCAAGGAGAGGUUUUCGGCUGCUCCGUCUAAAACGUCUGGGAGCAAUGGGGCAGGCAAUGCCCGUACUGAAGAGCCUCUUAGCGGCGUUGUACACUCCGAAAAGGUCGUGUCCGGGAAGCAGGGGGCGAGCGGCUCGACGGCAGCAAAAAUGCUUCGAAGAGCCGAAAGAUUCGGGGGAACGGGAGGUGGAUCCAGCGCACCCUCGGCCACGCCCGCCUCAGCCGAAGUACGCGAUCCCCGCGGAGGUUGCUUCCCUGGAUCGAGCGUCAUCCCGAAACACGGCUCCAAGCAGCAAUCACCAUCAGCCGAGAUAUCCUCUCUCGACCCCUUGCCCCAACGGAAGAAACGUGCCCAAGCAGAAGCAAUAACACCGCGGAGGGACGGCGGUCUACUGGCAAAGCGGAGGAGACCGGGGUCCGGCGUGGCAUCGGAACCAAACCAUGGCCGAAGUGCACGGAAGGGGGCAUCUUCAACAAGCUCUCCUCGCCCGCGUCGAAACGAAGGACACGGGGUGUCGGACGAACCUGCCGGUAUUGUCAACGGGAAACAGACGUCGGUAAUCCGCGCAUCCAAAAAGAAUGGUCGAAAUGAAGACGCGAAGAAGCAGGCGGAGGAGCAAGCAGCCAAAAUGGCCAAACGCCAAAAGAGGUUCGCUGAAGACCCCAGGGCGCCAUCGUUUGGAUAG